UGAUUUGCAGCUAAAACCCAUUUUCGCUUCACCUUACCCCCCAUUUUCAAUUUUACCCUGACAGCAAUGUGUUAAUCUUAAUCCGAUUUGAAAUAAGUAAAACCGCUACCGCCUGGUGCACUUGUUCUAGCUAAAAUGACCCCCGCGCGACCGAAAUCACGACGCCGGGAACCACUUAGUACGAGGAGUCCAGCAGCUGCCUCUCGUCGGGUGGAUAGUUUCUGCCGUCAUGAUGCCGUGGCGUCUCGUCCAACAAGAACUUCUCUGCGGUCCUCGUCCUUGCUACUGCGACACGGCUGCAGGUCCGGGUUCAGCUGUUUGCUCUGGACGUGCAAAAGUGUUUUCGACUCGUCGAUUGACACGAGGGCGACCUGGAGCGGGACCACCUCUACAACGGUCGUAGCAGCUGCAACAGUGAAGAUGAAGAAAGCGACCAACAAGAAGUUGACGGUAGAAACUUCUCUGCAUGGUAAAAGAAGUGAAACCGGCGCAAGUACAUCAUCAAGUAGAAGUACAAGCAGAAGUACGGAACUAUUUCAGCAUACCAGUAAAACAAACUACAAGCACACGACGACCUUGUCUGACCCCGCGCACGCGCCAAAAAUCCUGUAUUCUACCGAGAGACAGGCAACCGGGACGGGUUUUUGCGCUACCCGCGGCCACACGCGCAUCCCGGGUAUCUAUCCUGUGCAAAAGUAUCGUACUCGCAGUAAUCGCAGUCAUGCAUUACAAAUCUCCACACCAAGGCAAAACAGCAUGACAAAUUUCAUUUUUCAUGCUGAGGGAAUUUGUCAUGCGAUUUCUACUAGUACGAUGCUUUUGCAGUUCAUAGUAUCCCCGCGGAGACGAUUACCUGUGCCGGUGGGGUAAUCGCCAAGGCCCGGGACGACCACGGGGAAAAGGGCUCCAACGAGAAUCACAUGGUCCACGUGUUACAGAACGGCGCACAAGGGAACAAAGUACAGGAAGGCAACGCGGACGAGUUUGCGGCGGCGUACUGCUUCGGCAAAGGGGAGAUCAAGAUCGUGAACCCCACGGCCGCGCAUUUUUCUUGCUUUCUAGGCGGCGCGCACACGACCAAGCCGGAGGUAUGGCGUUCUCAAACGUUACAUUCUCAAUUGUUACAUGGAUUUGUAAUGCAAGAACAGCAACACUGAAAGUGCAAGUGGCAACGUUGCAGCUAUCGCGUCAAAGAUUUUGCACAGAGUAAUAUCAUGCUGUUUAGGCCUUCGAUAAUUUGUCAUGCUAAGCACCUUGAUCAAGUGGAGGCUAAUGGCCAUUUUGCAUGACAAAUCCGUGUAACAGUUGAGAAUGUAACGUUUGAGAGCGCCAUAGGAGGAAGAAGGCUAUUGGGAUCCGGUGAAUUGGCAGGACGACAUUCCGUUCGCGCAGGCAAAGAGCGUGGAAGCCUGGAUCAGUAAUAAUUCAAUAUCUGCGGAGCAGGAGACGCAGGGGGUGGCCGGAAAUACAACUACUGUUUUUCCUUCGAGCUAUAUGCAAAGAAAAAACUGUUUCAAUUUGAUGAUUUUGCAAGAUCUGCAUCACAAGUUUGCUACACACGAGACGAAAAACCUGUCGUGCGCGUUUACCAAGGGAGAAUACGCUUGAAAUUCCAAUGCCUUGCAGGUGUGGCAAGACAAAUACUUCUGUGUUCCAUUUUCUGCAUCACAAGUUCACGGUGAAACAGUUUUUUCUUGCGAUAAGCUACGUGGAGAUCGUUGCGGACGCAAAUGACGAGACGUAUCAAAUGCAAAUGUGUCUGAGUCUGGAUGGGUGCGCGAGUUUGUCAUGUCGUUUUUGGAUGAGACAGAAGGUCUAUCAUGGAAGCCCUAUCAUCACAGAUUUCGAGAAGCUUCCGCAAUGCCUCAUCCGCAUGACAGAUCCCCCAUUUUGCUGACAGGAAAUGACCAUCGUUAUCGUUUGCUGCCUAUGCAUGAGAGAUUUGUGGGCGUUGUGAAAGGCCCAUCACAAGUUCGCAUCCUUCCCGACCCAGACAUAAUAUUUGCAAUGCAUAAGACGAAAUUCGUAGCAACCUGGUGGACGGGCGAGGACGCUGGUGAGGAUUUGUAUGAGGAUGAGAAGGAGCAGGGGGACCAGUGUUGCGGAAGUGCCGAACAAGCUGUGACCCGGGCGCCCUCGGCCGCGCUUCAGUCCUCCUCGUCGGCGGCUGCGGCCGCAGCUGCUUUUUUGGAAAUAGAGCAGAAACUAGGCGAAAAUACUGGCCAUGGUAGGUAG